GGAAAAUCCGAAUAAGGAGCUGCGAAUAAGGAGCCAACUUCAGCCUCGUCCUCAGCCCCCGCCUCCGCCGGCGUUAUUACCGACACGUCACGGGGGUCAGGAGCACACUGAAGUAAAGAUGGCUACCGCCUACGAGAGCUACAAUUUGCACACGACCCCUGAGAAGUUCUACAUCGAGGCCUGUGACGAUGGAGCCACCGAAGUGCUGGCCAUCGAUAGGGUUUCGACAGAGAUGAUCCUCUCAGGAAAGAAGGACAUCCCUCCAUCGGCGGUGACCAGGCCCAUCUGUGGAAUCAUGGGGACCAUCCGCCUGGUAGCGGGGAUGUACCUCAUUGUCAUUACCAAGAAGAAGAAGGUGGGCUCCCUCUUUGGGCACAAUGUGUGGAAGGUGGUGGACUUUGACGUGAUCUCCUACAAAAAGACCAUUCUGCACCUGACUGAUAACCAGAUGCAGGAUAAUAAGACAUUCCUGGCCAUGAUCAACAAUGUUCUGACCACGGACGGCUUCUACUACGCCACCAACUAUGACCUGACACACUCCCUGCAGCGCCUGUCCAACACCAGCCCUGACUUCCACGACAUGAGUCUGCUGGAGCGGGCGGACCAGAGGUUUGUCUGGAAUGGACACCUGCUUAGAGAAAUAAUCGCACAGCCGGAGCUUCACAGAUUCGCCUUUCCGGUGAUCCACGGAUUCAUCGUGAUGACGUCCGGCUGCAUCAACGGCAAGGUCUUCGACUGGAUUCUCAUCUCUAGGAGAAGCUGUUUCCGUGCUGGGGUGCGCUAUUAUGUGCGAGGCAUUGACUCGGACGGACAUGCCGCCAACUUUGUGGAGACUGAGCAGAUCGUCCAGUAUAACAGUGGAAAGGCCUCCUUCUUGCAAACCCGCGGUUCCAUUCCCUUCUUUUGGUCCCAGAGGCCCAAUCUGAAGUACAAGCCGAGGCCGCAGAUCAGCAAAACCAGCAAUCACAUGGAUGGCUUCCAGAGGCAUUUCGAUUCCCAGAACAUUCUUUACGGAAAGCAGGUCAUCUUAAACUUGGUCAACCAGAAGGGGUCAGAGAAGCCCUUAGAAGAGGCCUUUGCUAAGAUGGCGACCAGCUUUGGCAACAACAUGCUCAAAUACAUAGCCUUUGACUUCCACAAGGAGUGCAGCCACAUGAGGUGGGACCGCCUGCAGAUCCUGGUGGACGCAGUGGCGGAGAUGCAGGAUGACUAUGGCUACUUCCUGGUGGACUCGGAUGGGAAGGUCAUGCUGCAGCAAGAUGGCACAUUCCGCAGUAACUGCAUGGACUGCCUGGACCGGACCAACGUCAUCCAGAGUCUGCUGGCUCGCCGUUCCCUGCAGGCCCAGUUGCAGAGGCUGGGCGUCCUGCACGUAGGUCAGAAGAUUGAACAGCAAGCUGAUUUUGAAAAGAUGUACAAGAAUGGGUGGGCUGACAACGCCAACGCGUGUGCCAAGCAGUAUGCCGGCACUGGGGCCCUGAAGACUGACUUUACCAGGACGGGAAAGAGGACCCACUGGGGUCUGCUGAUGGAUGGCUGGAACUCCAUGAUACGCUACUACAAGAACAACUUCUCUGAUGGCUUCAGACAGGAUUCUAUUGAUCUCUUCCUUGGAAACUUCGCCGUGGAUGAGAUGGAGGUGUCGACACCCCUACAUGUGCAGAAGGACUGGAAGUUCCUCACUCUGCCCAUCAUCAUGUUGGUUGCUUUCGCAAUGUGCAUCAUCUGCCUCCUAAUGGCGGGUGACACCUGGACGGAGACCCUGGCCUACGUGCUCUUCUGGGGCUCCGCGAGCGCUGGCACAGCCGCCGUCAUCCUCUUCAAUGGCCCCGACUUCGUUGACGCCCCCAAGCUGGUGCAGAAGGAGAAGAUGGACUGAAUGUGUGUGUGUGGAAAGCAGCUCAGCUCCGCGGGCCCUGCGUGUAACCCCUCCCAGCUCCCCCACACCGGGAGCCUGUACUGACCUGCUCUCCACACUGUCCACGCGCAAGUCAACCUCUUUCAGUCCACUUGUCUCCGAGGUCACACUUUCCCAAUGAUUCCCAGCUCAGCCUUUUGCAGGUUUCGGGUGUGCGUACUAACUCGCGCACCAAGCACCGGUCCAGUCCGUUCCCCGGUAUCACCCGACCUGAAACCGGCGUCAAGACUGAGCGCCGUAAUCUCCACCAUUCACUCUGCCUACCUGUCUGAACAGUUUCAGUACCUCUCUUCCCUUGAUAGUUUUUGAACUUGUUUUUUUAUUAUUAUUGUUAUUGUUAUUUUUGUGGGGUGUGGCACUUUCAUAAGGUGUAGGGUAAUCGUCUUCUUUAAAGCAGAUGGGAGAAGCCGUCCUCGUGUCUUCGGACGUGAUGGGAAAGUCGUAUAAGAAUCUCACGAGCUGCUCGAUUACGUCUCGGAUACGGUUUCUGUGAUUCACGCCGGAUGGUCCAGCUGCUGCUUCUCACGAUUCGGUGUUGAUGUUACUGCUUGUUUAAUGUUCUUGUGUGUGGGUGUUUGUUUCUGCUUGAAGACCUCUUGGGGGG